AACGCUGACACUGUGAUAAUUCCCAGUCAUUAAGUGGAGCUGUCGUGGAUGUGAAGAAUUUCAUCUGAUAACUAGGAUGGCAUCAUCAAACGAUGGUCCAGUUUGUGACGACAUUACGAAACCUCUUGAGCUGUCUCAAGACUCCGGUGUAGACACAGCUUAUGACGCUGUUAAAUUUAAUCCCACCUCCGUAACUUACCGGUGCGGCUCCCCUACGAAAAAAGAUAUUGUUUCACUACAAGAUAACAGAAAUUUUGAAUUAUAUAAAAAUAAAGUACACGAUAUUAAAAAUUGUGAUACAGUAUUUGCUGUUUCUGUAGAAGAAAAAUGCAAUUUAAAUUACAGACCGUUUUCUUAUCCGCAUCAAGAAAUAUUUCUUGAGGACGAUAAUCGUGAACAUUUUAAAAUGGUGUUAAAAGUGACUAAUACACCGGUGAGUCGUCAGCUUCAAGCUGGGGGUCUAUUUACCCAACAAAAAUGUAUAACCACACAAAGAUGUACCUCUAUAAACAAAGCAGAUUUCAACUCUACAGGCGAUAAUACAAAUUCUUCGGAUAAAAAUGGUUUUGGUUUUUCGUGUUUAGUCAAAAACAAUUUGCCUUCAUCUACCUACCUGACCUACCCCGUACCGUCGUUCUUUCUUGCGAGUCACAGAAACAAAUUCGGGGAUGUCAUUUUUGGCCCAAGACACAGGACCGAUAAGAAAGUGAGAAACCGGGUAUCUUUCACACCCAGCGACGGUUUGUGUUCGUACGUGGAGAAGACUGAAUUCGACCGGAAAAUGCCGGUUAAGACGGCUACAAAAUAUCAAGUAGUGCCGACAAGUGAUGAAGUAAGCGAAGGGCAUUUUUUGUCCUACCAAACACCUUUUUAUGAAUCCUUUGGCUCAGCCAAUCCUUCAGAUUCUGUUGUGAAAUCAUCGGAACUCUCCCCGCUUAGAAAACCACCAAAAGGCAACUGUCUUAGAGCUAAUGUUCUGUAUGAAUUAGACAAAGAAAACAAAAAGACAGAUUUACCAAGCGAGAAUGUGGAAGACUUUGAACCAAAUGCGUUAAAAAAAGAAAAAUCAAAAUCAGACAUUGCGUCGCAAGAUGUAGAAAAAUACGAGUGCUCAAUAUUUUACUGGAAGUUUCUAGACUUUGCGUUGGCGUACCUUUGGGUGGGGCCUCUGGUAACGGUGUACUGGUGCAACACAUGGCAUAUUCCAGAACAUUAUUUCUUCCCUAAAGACCCGGUCGUGUCUGCCUGGAUAUCAGGGGCUGCCGGCUACACCAUUUUCUUCCUGGCGUCGUUAUUUCAAGACACCUUAACCUCAUUCACCGUCAGACGACGCGCCAUUACGCGCCAGAUCAUGAUGCAGCUGUUCAGCUACGUCAUGGGCCUAGCCUGCGUCAACCAGUGGCGGUGCGUCUGGGUGCUGUUGGACGAGUACACGGGCGUCUCCACAAUGAACGCCGCCGUCACCUACGCAUGCGCAUCGGUACUGUUGCUGCUCCUACGGUGCCACCGGGGAACGGUCUCGCCCCCCGCCUACAUACGAAUGGAUUUUCCCGUUGAUAAACAUUUUGUCGUGGGGAAAUACUUUGACGCGCAAGUAAGUAAUGGCAACAGGGCUGGGGUCACGGUUAGGGUUAUGAUAAUAUAA